AGGAUAAUAUAUGCCAGGAGCUAGAACUUAAGGUAUCCCAAGUUCACGAAAACCCUGAAUUUAUUAAAAUGCGACAGCAAUUACUUGAUGAUCUUAAAGGUCAAAAAGAACAUCAUUCACAGGAAGUAAAAGAGUUUCGCAAGGAGAUGAAAAUAAAUGAUAUUAAGUGUCAUCAGUUAACAAAUGAAGUUUUCGAUGUGCGGAAAAACUUUAUUCAAAUGCGAGAACAAUUACUUAAUGAUCAAAAAAGUCAAGAAGAACGUCAUUUACAAGAAGUAAAAGAGCUUCGCUUGGAGUUAGAAUCAAAGGAUAAUAAUCUUAAAGAUGCAGAAGAACAUCAUUUGCGAGAAGUAACAGAGCUUCGCAAGGAGCUGAAAAUAAAUGUUAAUAUGUGUCAGCAGUUAACGAAUGAAGUCUUCGAGAUGCAGAAAAGUCUUGAAAGCCAUUUACUAGAAAUAAACGAGAAGCAUAAGGAGCUGGAGUCAAAAGACAGCCUUUGUCAACUGUUGGAGCUUAAAUUGUCUCAAGUGCGAGAAAAUCCUGAAUUUCUUCAAAUGCGCCAGCAAUUACUUGAUGAACUUGAAGGUCAAGAAGAACUUCACUUGGUCGAAGUAAAUAAGCUUCGUAAGGAACUGGAGGCUAAGGAUACAAUAUGCCAUCAGUUAGAGCAUGAAGUAUUCGCAGUGCAGGAAAAUGCAGAGUUUAUUCAAAUGCGAGAACAAUUAAUGGAUAAUCUCAAAGAUCAAGAAGAACGUCAUUUACGAGAAAUAAGUGACCUUCGCAAGGUGCAGGAGGACAAAGAUAAAUUAUGCUUGGAGAAAGAGCAGGAAGCAGCUCAACUUCGAGAUCGUCUUAACUUCAACAUGUCUUGUCCCAUAUGUUUGGAGCCAUGGAAUUCUUCAGAACAUCGCAUGGUUGCGUUGUCAUGUGGUCACAUUUUCGGCGAAUCAUGCGCACGACAAUGCCUGCAAAGAAAUUCAAAUUGUCCAGAAUGUCGAGCUCCUGCUUCAGAAAAACCGUGAAUGGGGAUUCCCACCAACAAGUACGAAACCUAGACAUUUCUUUGUGUACACACUGGAGAGCUUCGCCGCAAAAUGAGAAUUAAACUCUCACUAGUGUGACCUUACUGCUGCUUUACCAUAUUCUUUUGACCAAUAUGGCAACUCUAUUUCCUGCUUUUCCAGUGAAUUCCCUAAUCUUUUUAGUGAGUCAGGAGCAUUGCGUGUUUAGCUCUUGUGAAUUGAAUAUUGACAACGCAGUUAAUUUUAAAAAUGGAGGAUCUGAAAAAAAGCAUUUUAGAUAUGAUGGCAGUAAAAUUGGACGAAGGUCUUAGGCUUCUGGAAAAUAGAGUUGCUAAUGUGGAAGUUAAGCAGAAUAACAAUAAUCCUGAGAGUUUCCAGUAUCAGCAAUUACUAGACGAUUUAAAACAAAACAAAGAUGAGAGUAAACUGCAAUUCGAAAAGAUUCAAAAGGAAGCUGAAGCAAUGAGUAUUAAAAAUGCUCAGCUUGAGCUCAAAAUUUCUGAUUUGCUUAAAAAUAUGGAAAAUCUUCGCAAAGAUGAAGGCGAUAAAGAAGAUCAGCUGCAAAUUCAAAAGGAACCUGAGGCAAACCAACGACAGCAAAUGCCAGACGAUCGACAAAAUCACGAAGAAGUUUCAAUGCACGAAGUUUAUAAGUAUCGUAAAGAGAUGGACGAAGAGAAUAAUAUGUGUCAUCAGUUAGAGCGAGAAAUAAAAGAUCUUCGCAAAGAGCUAGAGGCGAAAGAUAUUAUAUGCCAAGAUUUGGAACUUGAGGUAUCCCAAGUACGACAACACCCAGAAUUUAUUUUAAUGCGACAGCAAUUACUUGACGAUCUUAAAGGUCAAGAGGAGCUUCAUUUACGAGAAGUAAAAGAGCUUCGUAAGGAGCUGAAGGCUAAGGAUAAUAUAUGCCAUGAGUUAGAACUUGAAGUAUCCCAAGUGCGGCAAAAUCCAGAAUUUAUUUUAAUGCGACAGCAAUUACUUGACGAUCUUAAAGGUCAAGA